UCCGAGAUCCGUCUGUGGAAGGGAAGUCCUCAAAGCCCACCCCCCUUCCUGUCAGCGCCGUGGUCUCGCCCAUCCCGCGCCGCCACCGCCUGCCGCGGGGCAUGCUGGGAGGGGCAGUUCCUGAGGCCGCGGCCGACCCCCAUCGCCUUCCCCAGCCGCUGCUCUGCCCCACCGCGGCCCCUUCGGCGUCUCAGAGGCAGAAGCGGAGCUGCCUGGUGGGACCUGAGACCCUCCCAGUGCCCCGGAGGCUUUCGUUUUCGCCUUAGAGUCCUCGGCCUCCAGCUGAGGCAUCCCCACAGCAGCCAUUUCUGUCACGGUGCACUUCGUCAGGCCCCUCCAAUUGUUCAGUGUUAAUUACAGGGAAAGAGGGUGCAAAACCAGUUCCGUUUGCCCUUUCACAGCCAGUGCGCCUAGAAAAGUUUUCAGCUUGUCUGAUUUUUUUCCCCCUUGUUCUGCUCAAUAACAAGGCUUUGUCUACUUCCCUCAUAAUUACUUGCUCUCUUCCAGCUCACAUAGACCCCCCCAACUGUUAGCCAGGAAGAAAAACACAUAGAAAGCCUCUAUGCAGUUGGCAGGACUGGUGAGCUGGGUGGAGCUGCUGGCCCUCCUCCUCUUAGGUGUGCUGCUGCUGCUUGUUGAAGUACUUUUCCGAGCCAUGGUGGUCAUUGGGCUUCUGCUCUACAUGCUUGUCACUAACUGAAGACAAAGUGGGGAGGGCGCCUCUUUUUCCCCUUGUUCCCAGAGCUCUUGAAGAAGGCGACAAGAGGAGAAUCACACCGACCUCAAGAACAGAUGGAGAGAAACACAAGUGCUUCAACCCUCUUCCCCCGGAGGGAAGCCCCAGAGCGACACGAGGCCGGGCAGCGGCCGGAGAGACGGGCUCUGCGCAGGCGCGGAGUCGUCGCCCCCCCCACUGGCGGGCGGGCUAAGACUACAUUUCCCAGGCUGCCGCGGGCCGCCGCCGAGGCGCCAUUUUCCGGUCUGCCGUGUUUCCGCUGCCUCUGCGCUGACACGGCCUUCCGCGGGGCAGGGACGAUGAAGCUCCUGGUUCUUGCUGUGUUUGCCCUGUUUUAUGUGGCCCACUGUGAGGAAGGUGCUAGGCUCCUGGCCUCCAAAUCUCUGUUAAACAGAUAUGCAGUGGAGGGUAAGGACUUGACUUUGCAGUACAACAUCUACAAUGUUGGCUCCAGUGCUGCUUUAGAUGUGGAGCUGUCAGAUGAUUCUUUCCCCCCAGAAGAUUUUGGCAUCGUCUCUGGGAUGCUCAAUGUCAAGUGGGACAGGAUCGCUCCAGCAAGUAAUGUGUCCCACACUGUGGUUCUGCGGCCUCUCAAAGCUGGUUACUUCAACUUCACCUCUGCUACCAUCACGUACCUGGCACAGGAGGGUGGACAGGUUGUGGUUGGUUUCACUAGUGCUCCUGGGCAGGGAGGAAUCUUGGCUCAGCGUGAGUUUGACAGGAGGUUCUCCCCUCACUUUCUGGACUGGGCAGCUUUUGGUGUGAUGACCCUGCCCUCCAUUGGGAUCCCACUGCUGCUGUGGUACUCAAGCAAGAGAAAGUAUGACACCCCCAAAACCAAAAAGAACUGAGCAAAGUCAAAUGCCACCAGCACCUCAGAGCUCAGGAAAGAACAAACAUUAACGCACCCAGAACUGCAGGUGUGUUGGGAUCAGCAACAGUCCCCCCUGCAAAGCGCUGCCUGGGCUGUGCUUCAGCCCUGUUGGCAAGAGGGAAUCAAGUGCUUCAAUGGCAGUGAUGUGUUGUCUUCCACAUUUUUAAAAAGAAAUAAGCAAACAAAA